GGGCGGCCGGGUCCUGCUGCGCAUGCUCGGCGCCCACUGCCCGGGCGGGACCUGCGCGCACCGGAGCAUCUGCAAUUCUGACUCGCAUCCCGGCCUGGGCAUCCCGCUCCGGGCCAUGACGGCGCACUCCUUCGCCCUCCCGGUCAUCAUCUUCACCACGUUCUGGGGCCUCAUCGGCAUCGCCGGGCCCUGGUUCGUGCCGAAAGGACCCAACCGCGGAGUGAUCAUCACCAUGCUGGUGGCCACCGCCGUCUGCUGUUACCUCUUCUGGCUCAUCGCCAUCCUGGCCCAGCUGAACCCCCUGUUCGGGCCCCAGCUGAAGAAUGAGACGAUCUGGUAUGUGCACUUCCUGUGGGAGUGAUCGCUGCCGCCUCCUCGGCCCCAGGUGCCCCAGCUCUCUGGAUGACCUUGGCUCCACUGUCCCUGAUGACCCUUCUGUCACCCCUACAACUGUGUCCCAGUCCCUCCGUGCUCCCUCCCCCAAGGCCUGCCUGCUUCUGGAAAGUACCGCCCUCCCCAGCCAGUCUGGGCCUCGGGAAGCCCCGAGCUCAGAGCCAGGCUGGAGAAGGAGAUGUCCAGCCCUCAAGUUCCCACUGCCCGCUCCCGAGUAGGUCCAGGCCAGGCGCUGACAAGGGUGGGGCUGUGCCUUUUACACAAUGGGGCAACCAGAGGAGGCCGCACGUCCUGGGGAGAAGGCCAUUCAGCCCAGUUCAGCCCAGGAUGCUCCCGAGCCUCGGGUGGGCCAGGGCAGGGAGGAAGCCCUGGGGGAAGAGGCAGGGCCCUGCCGCUGUCCUGCUGUGUGACCCCAGGAAGCGUCCGCCUGUGUGGGCCUCCUCACCUGUGAGGUGGAGGGGCUCGGUCAGGUGUGGCAAAGGCCUUUCUUGGAGUUCUCCUUUAAUUUUUGACAUGUUUCGAUGUGAAAUUUCUGGAAUUGUUGACGAAAUGGAAAAACAGUCCCACAAAACAUUACGAUCCAAAGCAUCAUAGUAAUUUGGAUCAGGAGUGAAACAUGUAUGUUUAGCAUCCUUUAUAGUCACAAAGUCACUUAACGUUGGCUCGCUCAGGAAGUGGUAUCUCCUCAGAAUAUCCUCUUCCCCCUUCCUCCCCACCUGGAUCACCUCCCUCCCUUCCCAGAGGCUCAGCCUGAGCACUGCAGGAGCUGAAGAAACUGAAGGCAGCUCCUGCCGAGGCCAGGCCUAGGCUCUGGCUGCGGUGAGGGUGGAUUUCAGAGCCCCUCACAGCAGCACGGAGGUCAUCUGGAGCGAGGGAGGGCGAAGAGGGACAGGUGUGGGCGAGGUGUGGGCUGGGCUCUGCUGAGAUGCUGCAGGGCGGGGGAGCCCCUGGCCUGGCGAGGCCUGGAGAGCGUGCGGGCCUCGGAGUGGAGGGAACCUGGGGCCCCAGCCGUGCCUCACUUCUAGGAGAGUUGGGGUGGAGACCUCAGACACCUGCCCGCAGCCCCAGAGCUGAUUGGAGUCCCCCGCUCUGCUGUGCCUCGUUGCCUCCCUGGGGAAGAAGCCAGUCUCUUGUAUUUAUUGACUGUUGAGUUGAUUGGCAUUCUGUUUAGUAGGCAUCGUUUUUGGAGCGGUGGUAGAACGUGGUAUGUCUCACCUGGAUUUCUUGGUUCUGGGCUUGGCCUGUUGUUCAGAUCAGGGCCUCCCUUUAACAUCCCACCCACCCCCUUUCCAACUCCCUUCCUGUGCUGACCCCUGUGGCCCCCCUGGAGUGGGGCUGUUGAGUUUCGAUUGGCGGCUGAUUGGCGGCUAGAAGCCUGACCCGUGUCUAGUGACUAAUGAGUGGUGAGGAAAUUCCUGUUUGGUGGCAAAGUCCUGGCCGAGGCCAAGUUUGCUGGCUGCCGCUCCCCUGCCCCCCUGAUUCCCAUUUCCUCGGCGGGUGGAUUUGGGGCACGGGAAAGGGGGCUGGCAGCUGCUUGGAGCUGCAGCUCUGGGAUGUGGACACUGAGACUACAUUUUCCUGAUUCCUGAGCGAGAAUACCGCUGUCCUGGAUUUUGCCCAGAACCAGGCCAGGCAGGAGGAGAAAGACGGAGGACUCGUUCAAGUGGAACUUUGCCCACCACCCAUCUGUGCCCCAGAUUACAGAGUGCGUGGCCCCCGGGGCUCUGCAAUAAAGCCGGUCCCCAACGUU